UCCUUUUGGCCUCCCUUUCCGGGGCAUCCCUCACUAGCCCGCCCAGCCCUCCUCCUCCUCCUCCUCCUCCUCGCAGGCACAUCUGGCGGGCAGGAGACGGGGAGGAGGAGGAGGAGGCGUGGCUAGCCGGGGAGCUGCGGCAGGAGCCCCCGCACCUCUUGGGGACCCGGGAGCAGCCAGGAGAGGAGCCGCCGCCGCCGCCGCCGCUGCGCCUCUGCAUUCUGCGCCUCUGCGCGGGCACGGAAGAGGCGCGCCUUUCGGCCAGCGGGGAUGGAUGCGCUCGCGGAGCUUCUGCCGCUGCUCCUGCUAGCCGUUCUGAGCGACGCAAGGGAGGUCCAUCUCCCCCCGGGGCCCUUGUAUCGCGUGGAAGGCACAUCCGUUGCGAUCCCCUGCAAUGUCUCAGAGUACGAGGGACCCACCCUGCAGCACUUUGAAUGGUUCGUUUAUCGCCCGUCGGCUCCUGAUAUCUCCAUUGGCAUGAUCAGCACCAAGGACCCCAAGUUCCCGUACGCUAUCUUUGGGCCCCGGGUGCAGGCAGGAAAUGUGUCCCUCCAGCGGGUGCGGGGCGAUUCCGUGGUACUUCAUAUCAAGGGGAUACGUGUGGAAGACACGGGCGUCUAUGAGUGCUACACCCCCACCACGGACUCCAAGUACCACGGCACUUACAGCAGCAAGGUGGAGCUCCAAGUGAUCCCCGACAAGCUCUCUGUUUCUGCCGCGUCUCCUCCUCCUCCGAAGCCCCCUUCCCACAGCCGUGGGGCCACCUCUGCCUCUCUGCUGCAGGUGACGCUUUCCGAGAGCCAAGACCUCCGGCUGGUGUGUGCCGUGGCAAGCAAGACCCAACAGCACACCCACCUCUCUGUUGCCUUCGGCCUGUCCACCCCCGAAGACUCGCGGGGUCUCCGGACUUUGCAGGAGGUGAUUGGGGUGCAGCGAGACUUCGCUGUGGAGGCUGGGGGACGUUUCGCCGAGCGGCGCCGAGCCCGUGAGCUGUCACUAACCAAGCUGGACGGCCAGCAGUACCAGAUGGUGUUGGGUUGGUUGAGACCAGAAGACUCUGGGAUCUACCACUGCAUUGCUGGAGAAUGGAUCCAGGAUCCUGACGGGAGCUGGCAGCAGAUUGCUGAGAAGCGGGUGUUACUGGCUCAGGUUGCUGUCCAAACCCUAGCCAGUCAGCUAGCCGUGUCUGCAGGCCCUCCCAAAGUCCGCAUUGGCUCUGGAGAAGCCCUGGAACUUCUCUGCAGUGUCUCUGGAAUGCAGGCUUCUGCUUCACCUCACGCCGUCUACUUGGUCGGCUGGGAAGUGAGCCACGGAGCCGGUGAGGAGGGACACCUCGUGGCCCGGUUGGACGCAGACGGGGCAGUCGUCCUGGGUGACAGCUACGCCAACCGCGACGUGGGCAAGCGGCGUGUGUCCCUGCAGAAGCUGGGGAGGUCCCCUCCUGGCUCCUAUCAGCUGCGGAUUGAGUCAGCCCAGCCGGGGGAUGUGGGUGCAUACCGGUGUGUGGUGUGGGCGUUUGUGUGUUCUCCCAGCGCCAAGUUGCGCGAAGUGGCCAAUGCCAGGUCUGAGGCAUUGACAGUGGACAUGAAACCAGAAGCGGUGGUCCUUGAAGCCACGGCGUGGCUGCCAUUCCCCACCAUCUAUCGCGGGGACACGGCUGAGGUGCGUUGCAACAUCUCGGUAGAAUCCACUCAGAUGGUCCACUUGGCCCUCAGCUGGUGGGUGGAGCCGCUGAAAGAGGAUUCGGGGUCUGACGGCGGCAUGUUGGCCUCGGUGAGCCGUGAGGGGGUGGCUGAUCUCAGAAGCCGUCCGUCCGGCGGCGCUGUGAGCGUGGACAAGGUUGGGCCGCUGAGCCACCGUCUCCGCAUCCAUGGAGUGCAGUCGUCGGAUGAGGGGAGGUAUCACUGCGCUGUGACCGCCUGGGUGCGCUAUCCUGACCUCAGCUGGUAUAAAGCUGGAUCGGUGAAGUCCAAAUCUGUCACCGUGUACCCCUAUGCAUCGGCCAUGGACACCUUGUUCCUCCCGCUCCUGGUGGGCGUCUCCAGCGCCCUUUUCAUGGGUGUCACUGUCCUCGUCACGGUCACCUGUUGCUUCAUGAAGAGGCUCCGUAAGAGGUGAAAGCUGCGCAAGAGGCUGGAGGAAUGGAAGGCCUCCAAAGAAGCCCCCCCACACCCACACCCCAACCACCGCGGCUCCUCUUAGAUGGCGGCUCAUGGCGUCAAAGCAUCGUUCACAAGACUUUGCCCAAAGCAGCCGGUGACUAUUGUUGCCCACCAGUGACCUUUUUCUGUGUUCCUUUAGGCAGGAACCCAACUGGACAGUGUGUGUGUGUGUGCAUGUGUGGGUGCGCAUCACUGUGAAUCUUCAAGGACGCUCAAGGGAAACAGAAUAACUGAACAGAGCGUGAGUGGAAAACAGAGCAGGAAGGCAACAAGGUAGCCAACAGCUGUCUUUGUUGUCGUUACAUUGGGUUGGGAGGGUCUCAGGAAGGUGGUUGUGGGGUCUUACUUGUGCCAAAUGAAGUGGUGUAGGGAUGCUCCGGCCUGCAACUUUGGAUCCCCAGUGGGGAUUUUGAACCUGUCCCUUUCCUCGUGCCCAGUUUGGUGCUUGGUGAAACUCCCUGCCAAGACAUCUUAGCAAUGCGACUCUUCCCAGUGGCAUCUGCAAGGCUGAUUUCUCGCUGGUGUGAGUGACCGAGCUGGGGGGGUAUGGGGAGAGAGAGACCAAAUGGAGCAAUUCUUUCACAAGAGCCGUCCUUGUCUAUUUUUGUAUGUUCAGAAACUUUGGUAGAAGAAGGGCAGGCCCUCUGCCUCCUAUCUGUCCCCUUUCUGACUGACGCUAGGCCUCUGGGUGAUACUGGAAAAGUGUGCAACAGUCAGCCAGGGAUGGCUUUGCCUGAGAAAAAGCCAUUUUAGCAAAACGCGUGUCCUCUUUCCAUCCGUGGGGGGGAAGUUUGUCUGUCUGGGCCCCUUCAAAUCUUGCAUAUGCCUGUUCCUGUCAGAAGAAAUACCCCUUUUUGGCUGUUCCACAGCUGCAUCGUUGCAGCCGGGAAAUAGUUGCACUCAAGCCAUGGGUAUGCGUGCACAUUCCAGGGGAGAAGGGAGAUCUGGAAUUGGAAAGGCAGAUCUGGGUAAUUCGCAGUAGAUCAGUGAGGAUUUCUCACUCCCAGUUGCUUUACAGGAGCACCACCACCAAAAGCUCCCCCUAAAUUAUACUGCUGAAAUGAAUGCCAGGUGGUAGUGAUGGGGAAGUUUCUCUUUUGCGAGGAAGGGUAGGAUAUAAAUUUAAUAAAGAAAAAAGCUUGGGGUAACCAGGAACGCAGAAAGGACUGUGAGGUCUGUUCAGUUUCUGGCACUUGGAAUAAAUUCCUGGGUUCAGAAUUCUUUCAUUCCAAGUGUAUUACUUUUGCACCAGGCUCUGGUUGGUGGAUCUCCAGAGAUCUAGUUUUGAAAAGCAAAGUAGAUCCCACAGGCCUGAAAUCUUCCCCCACCCUCCUCUGGAAGAUCUGGCUUCACAGUCAGGUUUACUAUGGAAAUUGGCAGAACCCAGUCACGCUGCUGAGCCAAGGAAAGACUCUACCCAGAAACGGCUGUUUUAUUUUCUGACUGCUUGUGUUUAUUUUUAGAUCUGUUCUGAUAGUGAGCUGAGUUGUGUGAGUGGGGAGGGAGUCUGAGAUCACACUGUUUGGGGAGGGAUUUGACAGGCACAGAUUUGACAGCUGUCUGCAGUGAACGAUUGUGCUUGCUUGUGGGUGAAGAGAUUGCCACUUGGCCAGUCUUGUGGGGAGACAUUUUGGGAUUGGGGCAGUGAUGGUUGGCAGGGUGGGGUUGGGUGGGAAGGGAAAGGCACACCUGAUGGUGCUCCAUUGCCAGCCUGUGAGAAUCAGCCAGAACAAACGUCAGUUGCCUCUGAUGCAUGCAAAACGCAUUUAGUUUGUUAAAGCAAUUUUAAAUGAAGGGAAAUGUAUUUUUUAAGGAUAAUAAAAAU